UCAGUCAAUUUGAUGCUGAUGGAGAAGGCUUUGCAGAUGUAGAAACAUUUUUGGAGACUCUUCAAACCCUUGGUGGUGGCGUGAGUGCCAAAGGAGAUUUGAGAACUUCCAUCAAGACACUGCAAAACUGCUGUCUAACACCAGGAUUUUUGGAUGCUUUUGCUGAUAAUAAGGAGGCUGUUGUGAAUCAUGGUCAAAAACUCCUAAAGUUCUUGUUGCGAAACAGAGCAGGUAGUACAUCUCUUCCUUUACCAGCCUUGGAUGGAUUUUGUAAUACAUCUGAGAUGAGACUGAAAGUUUUACAAGCACAUAUAGAAGCACUGAAGGAAAAAGCUGAAGUCAAAAAGCAGAUCCCCUCAGUUGAAGAGGGUGAAGUACUCAGGCCUUUAAUGAAGUGCUACAUGGGUCUUGAAGUUUCCAGCAAAAAGGGAGACAUAUCCAGGUUGACUAAUGGGGAUACAAGCUCAUAUUGGCAAUCAGAUGGACCAGCAAGGUCUCAUUGGAUCAGGUUGCGAAUGCGGCCAAAUGUUGUUCUCAAACAGCUGUCAAUAAAUGUUGGUUCUUCUGAUCAGAGUUACAUGCCACAGCAUGUCGUUGUCACAGCGGGACGGGAUGAACAGAAUUUGAGAGAAAUUAGUGACUGUAGAAUUCCAAGCCAGGUCAAUGGGGAUUUUGUUUUAGUAGAGAAUGUGAAAAUUCCAUAUCCAGUGAUUCAGAUUAAUAUUAGAAGAUGUCACAGUGAUGGUUGUGAUACAAGAAUACGUGGAAUCAAAGCUGUUGGAUACAGAGUCUUAAAAAGUAAAGGUAUGAGUGUUGGUGAUGCAUCAGCAGUGUGGUUCCUCUCAGUACUUGGAGCCACAGCCACGGCAGCUCUUCCAAUGGCUCCUCACCUUAGGGAUCAUAUCUUGUCUCACACAAAGUCUGCAUUGAGCCAUAUGAAGCCAAUGUCAUUAUCCUUAACAUCACCAGACAGACCAGUGGCCCUCUCUCAAAAUGUUCUUGAGGAGAUUGAAAAUUUCCUUCAUUCUUUUGUGAGGUUUGAAGGAGCAAUUCAGCCAGAGAGUUUAAAGAUUUUAUUGGAAUUUUCUUUAGCACGUGGAAAUUUACAAAGUAUUUUUAAGGUUCUUAAAUUAUUAUAUGAAAUUGGUCAUGAAGAUUUUCCCGCAGCAGAAAUUGUGAAAUCCUUAGAAGAUGUUCAACUAAAAGCUACAAAGCAACAUGGUGCAAUUUUGAAGAUGUCCUUGUCAUCUUGUGAUGGAGGUCACAAAGACAACCUCUCAAAACCAGAAAAUGUUUUAACAGACAACUGGUCAUCUGAAGCUUACUUAUCAGAUACUGGAAAGACAAGAGUAUCAAUGAUGUUUUCAAGUGCCUCAUCAGUUCGUGUAAAAUUAACAAGAUUAAUCAUCAAGGUGUCCAAAGGAGCAAUUGGACCUUCGCAUGGCUUGAUCUUUGUCCUGGAUGAUUUUAAAAGAAAUGAAAAAGAGAAAGAAGUGGAAGAAGGAGGAGAGCAUGAAACAGAUGUACUAAGUAAAUACAAUGACUGGACCAAAGCUAAAUAUGCUGAUUAUGUUGCAAGUUGCAAGGGCAAAGCAGAGUUUGAGCCUGAUGAACCAGUGGGAUUUUUUGCCACUGAAGAGGACUGGGAUGAGGUGGAAGUUCAUGUAGAUAGGAUUGUGACUGGGAAGUAUGUUGUCGUCAAGUUUUUAGGAGCAAGGAAGGAUAGUGCUGAAAGGAUUGGAGUGUUGGGAGUCAACUUCUUUGGUUAUGAAGUCAAACCUGACUGUCCACUGAAUGAUGAGCUGAAUUUGAAUGAAGUUGCCCCUUUACCUUCAAACAACACAGUGGAAGGUUCAACUUUGUUCAUUAGAAUCUUGUUAUUUCUUGAUGAAAUGGCAAAGGACCAGAUUCAUCUCAAAUCACGACCCAAAAAUCCUCCACUGUUUAAAGAGAAGGAGGGUCAACUAGAGAUGAGUAGCAUGAGUCUUGAACUGGUCUGGGAUGUUUACACACUUGUAACAAGCAGGGGUGCAAAGCACAAGAAGAUUAUAGUAUCUUGCCUGCUGCUUCUUCGUUUGUUUUACCAAAGCCUCCCUUGCUUAAAGUCCACCCUCAGAGAACUGGCAGCUGACUCUUCUGAUAAGGCAGCAUUUGAAAAGCAACAAGAACUGUCUUCCAAAGUAUUUGCGCACUUAUGUGACGUUGUGGACGACAGCGAGGGGUACUAUGAUGAAAAGAUUCAUCAGAUUUCAAAACUGAUUAUUUUAGAAGGAGCAGAGAUUUUCUUCCCAGACUCGAAAACAAGGCGGAGUCACCUGUUGUCCAUGGUGGAUCAAGUGAUGGAGGAAAAAAAGGCGGCAUCUCUGGGACUCACAUUUGAGUCACUCUGUAGAUUCUUCAGUAAUAAAGAUGCCAGUGGCCUUCUUGGACUUCCUGACAUUGUGUCAGAGAAAGGGUUUGACUAUGGACAAGUUCUUGCCGUCAUGACAACGCUGUUGUCUGUGGCUUAUCAAGAGUGCCUGAACUACGUAACAGCAGCAGAUGAUGGAAACCAAAGUGACUCUACAUCCAACCUUGUUCAGCUGUUGUGUGCAAUGCAAAGAAGUCUGUUAACAUGGUGCAGUACACAAAUUAAAUGUGGGAGUUCCUUUGGUCAGAAUGUCGCCACUAAGCUUAUAAUAGAGUAUGUUGGUAUCCUGGCCAACAAGGUGUUCAUGUCACUACAGGCUGUGAAUGGCGCAUCAGACCAACUGGUUGUAAUAGACAGACUUGAACAUUCGUAUGUCUCUGCAGCCAUGAGACAGCUGGUUCUUUUUCUUAAUUUGUUUACAAACGUGGAUGCCAUAUGUAUGCCAGUACUAAAACAUCUACAGCCAGUUUCUCUGGAGUUGAAGAAAUGUUCAAACAAGUAUCCACAACUGUUCUUCAAGAUUGAUUCUGAAGAAUGGAACUAGACAGUGGGUCAGACAGUACUCAGAACAUGGGAGGUGGAAUCUGCACACAAUUAUGAAAAUAACCAGGAUGUUAAAAUGGUCUUUAACUGUCCUGGCUGCUCAGAAUUUACAGUUGACUUUGAUCCGCGCUGUGAAACUGAAAGAAGAUACGACUACUUGGAAUUUACAGAUUCAAAUGGAAACAAGAAACGCUUUGAUCAGAAGGUUGACACCGAGAAGUGGCCAAAA